AUGACCACGCCUACUAAUGUUAGCCAACUGAUUACCACGCCUACUCCUGACAUUCAGUUAAUGGUCACGUUUUCUUCUGAAAUUCACCUGAUGACCACGCCUACUCCAGACAGUCAGUUGUUGACCACGCCUACUCCAGUCAAUCAGCUGUUGACCACACCUACUCUAGUCAGUCAGUUGUUGACCACGUCUACUCUAGACAGUCAGCUGUUGACCACGCCUACUCUAGACAGUCAGCUGUUGACCACGCCUACUCCAGUCAGUCACCUGAAGACCACAUCUACUCCAGUCAGUCAGCUGUUGACCACGCCUACUCCAGACAGUCAGCUGUUGACCACGCCUACUCUAGUCAGUCACCUGUUGACCACGCCUACUCCAGACAGUCAGCUGUUGACCACGCCUACUCCAGACAGUCAGCUGUUGACCACGCCUACUCUAGUCAGUCAGCUGUUGACCACGCUUACUCCAGACAGUCAGCUGUUGACCACGCCUACUCCAGAGAGUCAGCGAGUGAACAAAUCUAUUCCUAUCAGUCUUAUAACAACCGCGCCGACUACUGUAAUUGAGAUAAUGGCGACGCCUACCUCUGUCAGUCAAUUUAUAACCACGCCUGCUGUCAGUCACCUGGUGACCACACCUACUACGUCCAACACACAACAUUCUACCCCAGACACAACACUGGUCGACACAGUCAACUCAAUAACAAAACAUUGUCCCUGCUCCUGCUCCACCAAACAGGCAACCAAAAACCUAAAUGUAAAUCAAGACACGAAACAAACUCUCAAACAACAAAUAGAAAAACAUUUAAAAGUUUCCACAUCUGAGCUUACAGCGACCUUACAGAGAAAAAAUUGUUUGGAAAAUGUGACCCCAACUUCUCAAACUCUUGGACAGGUCAUCUGUAUCUCAUGUCUGUGUCUGGUCUUUAGUCUUGUGGUGUUGGCUGAUAUUUAUAGAGUGUUUUCAUUUCUCUAUUCUAUUGCAUACCGUCGUGGUUAA